AUGGCGACUAUUCACGAUGAUGAUGAGCUGUUGCUGGCUCGCAUCGGCUAUAAGCAGGAGUUACGACGAGAGUUCUCCAAGUGGUCGACCGUCUCAUAUGCCAUCUCUAUUCUGGGAGUCCUCGGCUCCGUGCCGGCGACAUUUGGUGCACCGUUGGCAGCUGGCGGUCCAGCAACAGCUGUAUGGUGCUGGUUGAUCGGUUCAUGCAUGGCUAUGUGCAUUGGAAGUUCCGUAGCAGAGUUGGUAUCGGCAUAUCCCACGGCUGGAGGGAUGUACUUUGUCACAAAGCAUGUCGUGCCUCCCGAUCAGGUCCCUAUUUUCUCCUGGAUCCAGGGCUGGUGUAACCUCCUCGGACAGACAGCAGGAGUCUCCAGCGUGGCAUACACAGUCAGUCAGAUGUUGCUGGCCUGCGUCAGUAUGAAUUCGGAUCUUGUCGAUGGCAAGUAUUCGUAUGCACCGACUGCGCUGGAGACCGUUCUAGUAUCAAUCGCAAUUCUAUGCAUUCUUGGGGUGAUUUGUUCAUUGACCACAAAAUCCUUGCAUCGAAUCAUUCUGUGGUUUGCUCCCAUAAACAUUGGGGCGACUAUCUGCGUCUGUAUUGCGCUGAUUACCCUUACCCCUAAUCUACAGCCAGCGUCCUGGGUAUUCGGCAAUUUCACUGAUGGCUCAGGAUGGGGCUCAAAGGUCUUUUCCUUUUUUCUGGGCUUCUUGUCUGUUGCCUGGACAAUGACCGACUACGAUGGGACGACACAUAUGUCCGAAGAAACCCAUGAUGCUGCCGUGCGAGGACCAGUUGCUAUCCAAACAGCCGUCCUAGUAUCCGGGGCACUCGGAUGGCUCCUAACCGUCUCAAUGUGCUUCUGUCUAACCGAUUUCGAGGGAAUUUUAGCAUCCCCUACUGGUAUGCCUGCAGCCCAGAUCUUCCUCAAUGCUGGUGGGAAACGAGGUGGCACAAUCAUGUGGGCAUUUGUCAUUUUAGUCCAAUUCUUCACGGGCUGUUCAGCCAUGUUGGCAGAUACAAGAAUGGCCUAUGCCUUUGCCCGAGACGAUGCGCUUCCGUUUUCAGAGUUCCUAUCCAAGGUUAAUUCUCGCACUCAUACCCCUGUCAAUGCAGUGUGGUUCGUGGUCAUCUUCAGCGUAUGUUUGAACUGCAUCGCCAUUGGUUCCACGCAAACAGCCACCGCAAUCUUCAAUAUCACUGCCCCGGCACUAGAUCUGUCUUACGUGUCUGUGAUUCUCGCCCAUCAGCUCUACAAAUCGAAAGUCAAAUUCAUCGAGGGCCCCUUUACACUCGGCAAAUGGGGUACUUCUAUUAACUACAUUGCUAUUGUCUGGGUCUUGUUCAUCAGUACAAUUCUUUUCUUCCCGCCACAGCUUCCUGUGACGCCUGCGAAUAUGAACUAUGCUGUUUGUGUUGGCGGCUUUAUUGCUGCUUUUGCCAUGGUAUGGUGGUGGGUUGCAGCUCGAGGAAAGUACACAGGUCCUCAAACCAAUGAUAUCAUACGAGAAAUUCCUACGGAGGACGAUGGCAAUGAUUCCGAAGAGUCAGGCGAUAUCACUGUUUAG